UUUCAUUUCAUUCGUUCAGUUGUCUUGUGCGUCGUUUGUUGUGUUUGGUAUCUCCGUCCGUUGGAAAUUAGAAUAACUUUAUUUAAAGUAGUAAAUAUCAAGUUAUGUGUUCAUCAAAGUUAAAUAAUAGUGGCGUAAACUGUUUUGUAUAUGUUUAUAGGUGAUUUACACAGUUUUAAUUACUUUUAAGUGUGAUAACUGUGUUACAUACCUACCUGUGCCUUGUGAAGUUUUGACAUUUACCGAAGUUUUGAAGUGCUCCAAGUUAUCAUGUGUUGAUGCUGUUUGUUUUGAAAACUAUAAAAGGAUUUCAAUUUUCUUCCUGGAAUUAAUAUAUAUAUGAGCUGGAUGCGGUGACGCGGGGCCAUGGACGCGGCGGACAAGCGCAUGCUGGAGCGGGAGGCGCUCCGCAACAUGAUCCAGCAGUGGAACGCCAACCGACUCGACCUGUUCGAGCUCAGCGAACCCAAUGAGAACUUGGAGUUCCAUGGGGUUAUGCGCUUCUACUUCCAAGACUCCGGGCAGAAGAUUGCAACGAAAUGCAUCAGAGUGGCCUCCGACGCCACCGUCAGCGAUGUCAUAGAAACGUUGAUCGAGAAGUUUCGCCCCGACAUGCGCAUGCUGUCGCUCGGCUCGUACUCGCUGUGGGAGACGCACGGGCCUGAUGACGAGAGGAAACUGGAGCCCCACGAGAAGCCGCUGCUGGUGCAGCUCAACUGGCACGCCGACGACCGAGAGGGGCGGUUCCUGCUCAAGUGUACCACCGGCAAUGAGCAGACGACAACUCUGCCUCCUCUGAGCGAGAAAAGCGACCAGAACUUCAAGAGGAAACUGUCCAAGAGAGAGAAGAAAGACUUGAAGAAGAAGGAGAAACUGUCGCGGCUCAAGUCCGACACCAACAACGAAAACCGACCCGUCGCCGAGAAACUAUACAAAGAGCUUCCCGAGACGUCGUUCACGCGCAGCAUCAGCAACCCCGAGGCCGUCAUGCGGCGGCGCCGGCAGCUCAAGCUGGAGCGGAAACUGCAGCAGUUCCGCUCCAAGGACGGUGGGCCCGACACAGGCGGCACGCUCAAAAUCUACGGCUCAUCGCUCUGCCCAGACGUGCCUUACAAGACGCUGCUGCUGUCUAUCGGCGACACUGCGGCGGCCAUAGUGCGAGAAAUGCUCGACAAGUACGGACUGUCGAGGCAGGACCCCGCGCACUACUGUAUUGUGCAGGUGGACGGCACAGACAACUCCGAGUACAUUCUGGAGGACGACGAGUGUCCGCUGGCCAUCGUGAUGACGCACCACCACCGCAGCUCCAUCAUGUUUCACGUGCGGCGGCGGCCGGCGGACUCGCAGCCGCGGCGGCGCAAGAAGAAGGCGGGCGCGGGGGGCGCCGGCGCGCGCGGGGGGAACGAGCCCGUGCUGGUGGAGGUGGCGCCCGACGGCACCCCGCUCGAGAACCCUCGCCGAGUGAGGGUCACCGACGUCGUCGAGGUAGGGUCGGGCAACGGCAUGGCGCUCCAGCUGUACGGGCCGUCGAUCCAGCCGCGGCACUGCGUGGUGGCGCCGGCGGACGGCGGCGGCUACUCGCUCACCCCGUUGCACGCUGAUGCGCAGAUCUACGUCAACAACCAGCGCGUCACGCAUUCGCAGCGGCUGCAGCACGGCUGCCUGCUGAAGUUCGGUCGCGUGUCCACGUUCCGCUUCAUGGACCCGGCGCAGGAGUCGCUCCUCAACCGCAACCUCUCGCAGUCGCUGCACUUCGGCUCCGGAUCCAUCUACGACAGAUCGCCGACGUCGCCCGGCAGCGGCGCCAAGUCGCCCACGUCGCUGGCGUCGCACCCGCAGGACGGCGGGGAGCCCCCGGACGACUACCAGCGCACCAUGAGCCCCGUGUCGCACGACACGUACGGCUACGGCAACGACUCGCAGCCCUACAACAACAACACCCUUAAACUAGACAACGAGUCGCUCAUGAUGUCGCAACAUCUGGAAACCAAGGAUGAAUACAUAAGGGAUGACAAUGGAUACAACGAUCAAGACCAGAAUUCGCCGGCGAGCCGAACGAACAAUUACAAGGACAAUUACGAAACGACCUUCGAUCUGGAUGGAAACGUGGAGACUAAGAGCAUCUGCAGUGCCAAGAGCGGCGGCUCGGGCCACGACAACAGGAUGACCCCCGGCAUCGGGUCGGCGGCGCGGCCGGGGCAGGAGCCCAUCCUCCCCGCUGUCCUGGAGUUCCCCGAGGCGGGCCAGGCGCAGUUCCUCGCCGCCGUCAUCUCCCGGCUCGACCCGCACGCGCCCGCCUUCAAACUAGCGCCCGUUUACACGCUGUAUCUUUGUGCGAGGUACCGCGCGUCGACCCACUACAGGCCGGAGCUAUCUCCAACGGAGCGCGCACACAAGCUCACCGCCUUCCUGCACCACGUCGCCACGCUCAUACACGCCACUGUGCAGGAGCGUUGCACGGACUCGGCAGCACAAGCCUUCUGGAUGGCCAACGCGAGCGAGCUGCUGCACUUCCUGAAGUGCGACCGCCACAUCUCCUCCUUCUCCACGCAGGCGCAGGACUUGUUGCCUACUACUGUGCAGAACGCAUUCAGCAACCUCGUCUCCUGUUUCCAAGAAGAACUCACCCCAGCUCUAGCGACGCUCAACAAGCCGUCAGUGGGCGAUGCCACGGAGGCCACGGCGCCCACGCUGCAAGCCCUAGCCGCCGCCAUGGUGCUACUGAGACGGUGUCGGGUCAACGCCGCCCUGACCAUACAGCUGUUCAGCCAUCUCUUCCAUUAUAUUAAUGCUGUUUGUUUUAAUAAGUUGGUGAACGACCGGGGGCUAGCAGACGCGCGGUGGGGCGCCGCCCUGUCCGCGCGGCUCGUGAUCCUGGGCGCGUGGGCGGAGCGCCAGGGGCUGGAGCUGGCCGCCGACUGCCACCUGGCGCGCUGCCACCAGGCCGCGCGCCUCAUCCAAGGCUCAUACCGCACCGUGGAAGACAUCCGGCUGGCCCUCUCGGCUUGCUUCAAGCUGAACAGCGUGCAGGUGCGCGCGCUGCUGGGCGGCCUGGAGCCCGCGCUGCUGGAGGCGGGGGUCGCCGCCGCGCGCGCCGCCGCCGACGAGCUCUGCACUGCCGACGGACGCCAGAUAACGCUAGAAGAGAACGAAUGGCUCGGCGUGGGCCUGCUCAUCCCGGGCGACGGGUUCAGCGCGGAGGUGGUCCGUGGCGUGCCCCCCGGGCUCGCAGACUUCGUGGCUCCCUUACAGCGGGGCGGCCUGUGUCGCCUGGCGCACCAGCCACACGCCGUGGGCGUCUGGACCGUGUAUAUGACGGGCUAUGGAGCCCCCCAGCAGAGGAGGGCCCCGGAGCCGAGGGUCCAUAUUAUACAGCUGAAUAAGAACUCCAAUGGGAUGGGGCUCAGUAUUGUUGCUGCUAAGGGUGCGGGCCAGAGCAAGCUGGGCAUCUACAUCAAGUCGGUGGUGGCGGGCGGCGCGGCGGCGGCGGAUGGGCGCCUGGCGGCCGGCGACCAGCUGCUGUCCGUGGACGGACACUCGCUCGUCGGCAUCACUCAGGAGAAGGCGGCAGAAUACCUGGUGCGAACUGGCCCGACAGUGACUCUAGAAGUGGCUAAACAGGGAGCCGUGUUGCACGGCCUGGCCACUCUACUGCACCAACCUACGUACAACCAGAAACAAGACGAGGCGGUCGAAUACGAGCACCGCGCGCGGCGCAACUCCGGCACGUACACCAACCCGCUGCCGGCGCUGCUGCGGCAGACGUCGCCCUUUGCCGAGCUCGCCACCGCAGGGUACCGGCGGCGCUCGUGUAACGGGCAGUGCCGCCUGAAGGACGGCUCUAGCGAGUCCAGUUCCGACGACAGCGAAGAGUUUUCAGCUCCUGCGGUCCCGCCGCGGUAUAUCGGCUCCAUACCACGGCUUAUCAUUACUCUAGACGACGAAAACAACCAACUGAGCGAGGAGCAUUCACCGGAAACCCCCGGCUUUCCUUUAGAGCUAGCGGGCGCGCCGCCGCGGCCCAUACCCGUGUUCUCAUUCACCUGCGAGGACUUCGACGAGCAGCAGUGCAAGGGGGAGAUGUCGGUGGACGACACGCCCAUAGAGGAGGAGGCGGAGGAGCAGAGCGACAAAGAGGAAGAGGAGGUAUAUCUGCCGCCGCAGAUGCGCCCUCUGCCGCCGCGCCUGCCGCUGCAGCCGCCGCGCCGCGCGCGCUGCACGGGCCGCGCCGAGUGCGCCAGCGCCUGCGACUGCUGCCGCUCCCCGCGCCCCGACCCCCCGCUCAUCCCCUUCAUCGACGAGCCCAACUACGAGCCGCUCAUCUACGAGAACGACUCGGCUGACGACACUGUGGCCACGCCGAAGAUCCGACGCAUCUUCCCCUCCCUAUCUUUAGACCAAUCCGAAGAAGCCAAACCCGAAAUGGCCGACGCUGACACUCAAACACCGACCUCCCCUCUAGAACCCUACGUUAGAAAGCUAGACUUAAACUUAGACGUUAAGAGCGAAAGUGAGAAGAUAGAGCUAAUACACUGUCGACUGAGACGGGCGCUGUUUAAUGUGUCCAAGUCGAAGUCGGAAGAGACUGAUGUGCCGUCCAAUUAUUCGACGUCGGAGUCUUUCGAUACAACGAACGGUACGACACCUUCGUUGCCCAAGUUAUUAGUGAACACGCCUGAGUCCGGGGCGUGCCAGGUGCUGGACAGCCGCAAGUCGUGGCGCUCGCCCGACGACUGCAGGCCCGCGCCCGGCGCCGUGCGCGCGCUCGCCAAACACUUCAACUCCAUCAACCUCACGUACUGCGUCAAGAACUACAAACGCAACUGCCAGUCCAGCCCCAAUCUCAGCGUGCAGAAAGAAAAAACAAGCAAUACUAGCGAUAACCUACAAAGUAGCAUUAGUUUAGCGGAUAUUCAGUACGAGACUAUGAAGUCUGAUUCGAGCGAUACGAAGGGAGAGAAGCUGUCAGAGGAUGAGGUGAAGAGUAUACUGAUCCAGUUAGAGGACUGGUCGAGGUUUGGCUCCCGGGGCAGUGAAGACACGCUCGCGCAGGGCAACGAGUUCGAAGUACCCAACCUGCCUUCAGAAGAACAUACAGAGAACAAUACCACCGGAUACCACUUUAAUGAAAUAGUCGAUAAGAAGAUUAGAACCAUAACGCUAGAUAAUAUUAAGCUCAAAUCCAAUCAAUCCAGUUUAAAUACUGACUCGAUUAUAGCCAGUAAGGAUUCGUUUAACAAAACGGAAAGCCUAGAAAUGUCGUCCAAUGAGGUAAAAAUCCCUAGAAUAGUAGGAGUGAUACCGCAGAAGCAAGCGAUGUCGGUUCUAGACGUUUCAGCGGUAAAGAAAUUGGCUAAAUUGAGACGAGAAUCGCAGCCAUCUGUCGUACAAAGCUGCCCAAACAUAGUGGACAAUGAAGCGGACUCGAAACCUCAGGCCAAUGGACACCCACCGUGGGCGAGUUCAGCGGCACGGCGCGCGUCGGAGCGAGACCUUCCCUCCCGACUGGCAGCAGAGCCGGUGAAGCCCAGCAAGAGCACGCCCGCCCUGCACCAGGUCGCCUCGCCGCCGCCCAUGCACGCGCACAACAUGUCGCACGCUAUGCCGCCGCCCGGCUCGCCCGGCCACAAGUCGCGCAGCAGCCACAACCUGCUCGACGCCCGCUACCAGAACCUCGUCGCCAACAUGGACCGAUGGUCGUCUCUGCGUAGCUCGAACGGCAGCAACCGGCCGCAGUCGGCGCACUUCUCCCCGAACAACACCGAGCCCGCGCCCGACUCGCCGCUGCUGCAUCAUCAGCAAAACCACUCAAGCUCAGCAAGCGUGCGAUCAGCAAAAAUGGCAGAAAUGUCCGAGGAAGUGACGCGCAGACAUCAGCAGCAGCAGUUGCAGCAGCAAAUGCACCAGCAACAGAUGCAAUACCCGACGCAGCAGAAGCCGAUACUGCCCCCGCAACACAUACAGCCGCAUCCAAACAUCAUGUCGCCCCCACAAAUACAGAAUCAACAUCCACACAUGCAGGCGAAUCCACAUGCGCAGACAAAUAACCACAUGCCACAAAAUCACUUGCAACAAAAUCAACAUAUCCCUCCGAAUGUAGUGCAAUCGCAAAUGUUGCAACACAAUCACUUGCCACAAGUGCAGCAUGCGCCGCAGAAUCAACUUAUUUCGCCGAAUCAACACAUGCAACAGAAUCAGCACUUGCCACAGAACCAACACUUGCCGCCGAAUCAAGUGCCGAAUCAACAUUUGCUUCUACAAAGCCAGCCGGGCAUGCAGAUGUCCCCGCCGGCGCACCGCGCGCAGAGCCCCACGCAGCACAUCUACCACAACCAAAAUGUGCAGCCGCAGAGAUAUGAAUGGCACCAGCCGCAGCCCGGGCCGCCUUCUCCGCAGAGAUCUCAGCCGCCUGUAGCUCCUAAGCCACAGAGCGUACGACGACCGGAGAUGGAACAAGAAGAGCAACAGUUGCAGAUGCAACAGCUACAGCAACAUCACAUGCAACAACAACAGUUACAGCAGCAACAACAACAGAUACAACAACAACAUUUACAACAACAACAGCAGCAGUUGCAACAGCAGCAGAUGCAGCAACAACAACAAAUGCAACAGCCGCUAAAUGUCACUGUUCAGCCUGACGACGAAUGGUACGUGGCGAGCGGCUCCGAGCCGCCGACGGGGUCGAUGUACCCCGCCGGAGCGCCCGGGCGCCAGGGCGCGCCGCACAACCCGUGGCAACGUGAGGAGCGAGAGAGAGAGCAGGAGGCGCGCCGCGCUGCUGCUAGAGCGAGACGGGACGCGACGAUAUCGCACCUGCUAUCCCUGGCCGCGCGCACGCCCGCGCAGAACCAGCAGCUGAGGGCGUUACAGCUGGAGAGGGAGUUCGAGCGACGAGCCACGCAACAGGACCAGGACGAGUCGUCAGACGCGCAGUUCUCGCCCGGCAACAAGUCGCCAUCGCCCGAGCCGAGCGAGGCGCGCCCGCCGCCGCCCAAGUCCAUACUCAAGUCGCCGCUCAACCGGGCCGACACUAAUGGAUAUGCUACUGACACCAGCCGUGCCGACGACUCUACAAGCGGGCUGGUGUCGGUGUCGCAGUCGCUGGGCGCGCUGGCCGUGGCGGAGCCGCCGCCGCCGCCCGAGCGCGGCUCCUCCUUCGCCGUCAUGGCCGCGCGCGCCGCGCCGCCUACAGCCAACCCCGCACCAGUGACCCCGACGCCGCCCGCCGCAGGGGGCCGCGACAAGCGCGUGUCGUUCCACGAGCGAGCGCCCGCCGCCGCGCCGCCGCCACCGACUACUGCGCCCCCUAGCGACGAGCCCGUGCCCGAGGCAGGGUCGUGUCUGCGCUUCAUCGAGGAAGCGGAGCACAUGCUGGCGGCGCCCGCGUCCCCCGCCACCCCGCCGGCCCCCGGCGCGCCCCUCGCCGCGCACACGCCCGGCGUCAUCGGCGCGCAGGAGGUCUACAGAGACCCGCGCGCGCGGCGGCUGGCUGAAGCCCAGGCCCGAGCCCCGGCCGCGCCCGUGCCCGAGCACCUCUCCUUCAAGGAGAAGAUGAAGAUGUUCGCGCUGGAGUCGGGCGAGGCCUCCACGCCCAAGGACAAGGUUAAAAUAUCGCGCGCCCAGCGAGACAUCGACGCUGUCCAUUAAUUAAUGACAAAACUAUUGAAAAUAUUAAAUAGUACGAAUGGUUCAAUAUAGGAGUGACGUGAAUGAGAUUACACUAUUUGACAAGCCAUAGCAAGAAUGGUCAGCUAGAAUUUGUAGUUAAAGUUAAUAGAUCAGGAUAUAAAUAUGAGGGGGAACUUUAUCAUGUUCACUUUUUAACUUCAUAAUCUCGGUGACCAUUCUCUCCUUGCUAAGACCACGGUAUACACAUGUAUAAGGACCCCUCCUUAAUAGUAUGUAAGGUUAAUCCUAGUUUUAGCUAAAUUAUCAUACAAAGUUAUCUUCGUAAGGAAUACUGAAAAAUAGAUUUUAAAUUACAUGUGGAAUUCAAUCCGUACUCGAUUUUUCCACACUAACCAAUGAAGAGUUGAAAGAGCUAAGAUGUAUAAAAAUCUUAUUAAAUUACAAUAAGAUAUUCUGGUACUGCUAAUCUGCACAUUUUAGCUAAGACUUGGUUCAUCAAAACUGUCAAACUAACUGAAAAAAUAAAUGAGCCGAGGUCCGUAAAUGAUUGCCUUCAUGGAACACACACAGCACCAAUUUACCCUGAAUCGUAGCAUAUAAGAAUUAAGUAAUUUUUAUAUACUAUUAUAUUUUUAAUAUAUUCGAUAUAACAAUAAAAUUUGAACAUGUCGCCUUAGCAGCUAGUGCAUUUUUGUCACUUUAAAUAUUAUGUAUAAUGGACGAGGGCAAAGAAAUCGGUCCUAUUAAAAAUAUUAAUAUUAGCAUGUUAAAUAAGGAAAUAUGUAGCUGUGUUUUGGCACAUUUAUUAUUUUGUUUGGAAAUAUCAAAAUUACUGUGCCAUGGUUAUUAUAAAUUUAUAUUUUAUCGUUAUCGAUACAAUAUCUAAAAAAGCAGGCAACGUAUAGAGGACCAAUACAUUAUGUACCUAGAACUAUGUGAACAUGGAAACAUACGCCUUGUUUAUUAUAUUAUGUAGUUAGUAUCUGUAGUAUGAUAAUAUGUACGAACUAUGAUGAAUAAUAAUAUCUAACGCUAUGCAUGAAUCGAUUCUUGAUUGGUCCAAAUAAAUUAUAUUAUCUCAAUAAGCUAAACAACACUAUAUCUACAGCUAUAUCUUUAAUCUUCAUUACAUUCCAAAGAAUAUAUUUCUUUACUCUAUUAAUGUAAGACGCAUUCCUAUAGCUCUUCUGAAACCAUCCCCUUGGUGUUUAACACUAGACUAAUGGCCUUAAAAUAUAACUCGAUUUAUGUAUUAUUUAAUAAGAAAAUAAGUAUUUACUUCUAUUAUUUAGAUUCUUCAAUAAAAAUAUUAACAAGAGCAAUAAGUUAUUGUGAAGCCUUCGAUGUAUAUAAAAAUGUACUCUAUAAUAUGCACAUGAUGUGCCAAACUCAUGUUCUCACGGGACAUGACUCAGAGAGGAGAUUCCUUCCUGUAGACGACUGCAGUGACGCGGUCGCGCAGCGUUAUUCUACGUAUCAAGACCAUUAUAUUGAUAUACUUAAAUUAAGUUUUAUUAGAAUUGCAUGAGAUUUCAUGAAACUGUCUAAUUAGUUUUCGUAGGUAUUCCCUUCAUCAUGAUGGCACUUUGGUAUCAUCCGACGGCACCACUCACUUGUAUAUAAGUAGGUAGAGGAGUCCCCAUGUGAUUAAGACUUUUGUACACCUGUUUGUAUAUGUAAAUGUUUAUUUAUAGAUGAGAUUUUAUUGAAAGUGGACAUUUAUUAAGAGAGUGAAGGCCUAUUAUGAUUAUGAAUGUAGUUAGUUUAGUUCCUGGGAACAGCAGUUCUCAAUAUUCACCCAACGAUAGUCAAUUAGCGAUCAGAAUGAGAUUUAUUUUUAAAUGGAGUUUAUUAAGUUGUAGCAACAUUGUAAAUAAGUAUGUUAACAACUAGAGACGAUUAGCUCCUGACGUAAUAUGCUUAUGAUUAAAUAAAAUUGGUAUUAUUACAACACAAAUUAAAAAUGUAUUGUUAAUAACAGUACCUAAUUAUGUACUUCUUCUAUAUGAGAAAGCGAAUAAACUGUAUAAUUAAA